AUGGGAAGGUGCCUGCCUGUGUGCUGCGUUCCUGCACACGUGCAUUCACGAAAUUCGCAAACCCUACGCAUAACUAGGGCUUAAAUGCGCACAUCAGCCGCCUCGCCGCCCCCCUGCAAUGGGAGAAAGCCCCCCCCUAGCGAUCGGCAAAAUGCGAGCUUAGACAUGUGAAAGGGAAGACGCCGACCCACCAAACGCACAGAUCAGGAGCAGAGAGGCUCACAGGAAGGCCGCACACGCAGCCAGGAGCAGCCAGAAGAUCAAAUACAUAAGCUGACAUCUCUCUCUGUGUCUGUGUCUGUGUCUGUCUGUGUGUGCAGGCCGAGAUGGCCGUGUUGGUUGCGCCAAGACUCGGAGGCUCAUUCGGGUGUCAGAGGAUUUCCCUCGCUGAGGGCUUUGCUAUGCGCCGAUCCGCCUCUGCGAGACGGUGCCUUGGCGUGCACUCCCGACGGUGACCCAUGUGCAGCGCAGUCACAGUGCGUGUGAGGGAGAUUUCUGACCAUCAGAUUGACCGGGGCAUCCAGCCCGACACGCACAGCCGUCGAGCGGUGCUCUCUGAGGUACUUUCUGACUGACCCCCUCCCUCCCCUCUCUGUGUGAGUGUCAUCUCUGCAGGCACGUCUUUCGCUCUGUGGGUGCGGCCCGGCCCAUCCAAGACACGGGUCGAGUGCAUCAGCUCAUGGACCGCACACGUGCCAAGAGAGAGGGGCAGGUCAGCAAAACUGACGACGCUACGCAAGCGCAAAAAAAUGUCACCAUUUUGCCAUUUUUGACCGUAGGGUGACCCUUGUCGGCCACCUGUAGGCCCACAUACGACUGAUAGACCUAUUCUGUGACUGGUGGUGGCCUGGUGCGAAAACUAUCAAAACAACCCUUUUAUCACCGACUUUUUUCUCUCACCUACUUGGCCCAGUGGGUGGGCAAUCAAUCUACCCCCCUCUCUCUCUCUCUUUCUCUCUGUGUGUGUGUGUGUGUGUGUGUGCAUCCGCCAGGCACUCGCGCGAUCGCAGUCAUGGAGAACGCCUUCAAGACAGGGUGGAUCAGCUGCUGCUGUCUCCCUCGUGCCUGCGCCACUCGUGUGUGUGCAUCGCUUCUCCUCCUUUGUUGUUCAGUUUUCCGCUGUUGUGGACGAUCCUGACGAGUGUGAUUCUGUACACUGCUCUCGCGGCAGUGCUGAUUCUGCUGCUGGUGUUCCAGCUCAACAAGAUCAACGCAUACCGCACUUACCUCCUGGACCAGCACCUCUUCAGCAGCAGACAAAUCGAGGUACGUUUAAAAGAGCGCAUGGCAGCCCGACCAAAUAUUACGUGUCUAUCUGUUCUUUUUUGCAGGUGCUGCAAAAGGAAGUGACCAAGCUGUCCAAGCAGCUCUCCGUUCUUAAGAAACGGUGAGAGAGCAAUCGACCACUGCUGCUGGUGUCACUCUAUGAGUGUAUUUGCUUAUCAGGUUUGCCCGUGCGAGGGAGGAGAUGCAAUCUGAGGGCUCAGAGGGCGAAACAAGCUUCGCGCCCACACCUUCGGUGCACAGUCGAGCAUCGUCCGUGGCCGUCCCACGGAAGUCGGUGCGCAUUGACGCGGACAGAGCAGCGCAAAGCGACAACAGGGCGGAGCCAUAA